AUGAAGGACGCGCAGAACACACCCACAGACAACGUGCCCAAGCACCAGGCACAGUGGCCCAUCUUCCAGAUCUCACACCAGCGGAGUCGGUACAUAUACGAGCUCUAUUACGAGAAGGAGGCGAUAAGCAAGCAGCUGUAUGACUGGCUACUGAAGAACAACUACGCCGACGCGAUGUUGAUCGCGAAGUGGAAAAAACAAGGCUACGAGAAGCUUUGCUGCUUGCGAUGCGUCCAGACCAAGGAGACAAACUUCAGCUCCACGUGCAUAUGUCGCGUACCACGGGCACAGUUGAAAGAAGACCAAGACAUACAAUGUGUUAGCUGCGGAUGCCGGGGCUGCGCCUCGAGCGAUUGAGCGAGCAGAGCACGUAGGGCUAACAAGACGAAUAUGUUUGCAUGGAAAAGCAGGGUCAGCUUGGAGUUCCGGUCUUUGCGGCUUUAUAAAUUCUGCGAUCAAGAGGGGCCACAUCCAAGGAGGCCAGGUAGGCGUCUCCCCAGGCCUAUUUUUGCAAAUCAAUAGGAGGUUUAUGGUUC